GCUGCAGCUGACACAGACUCACCUCAGAGCAGCAGGACGAGGAGAACCAGAACCAGAACCAGACGGAGGAGAUCGGAAGCAGCAGCAGAAUCUGAGCAGCUGAGGACGGAGCAGCUUCCACUGCAGCAGGAUCAUGAGUGUGGAUGAAGAUGCUCGCUGGUUGGAGUGGGUAACCAAACAGUUCGAGACCAUCGCUGGAGAGGACAAAGAGAUCGACAUCGAUGAGUUUAAAACCGCGCUUAAAGUCAAAGAGUCUUUCUUUGCCGAGCGCUUCUUUGCUCUGUUCGACUCGGACGGCAGCGGAUCCAUCAGCCUGGACGAGCUGCUCAAAGCUCUGAACCUCCUCAUCCAUGGCGACGAGACCGACAAGCUCCGCUUCCUGUUCCAGGUCUACGACGUUGACGGCAGCGGUUCCAUCGAUCCAGAUGAGCUGAGAACGGUUCUGAAGUCAUGUCUGCAGGAGAGCGCGAUCUCUCUGCCAGAGGAGAAACUGGACGACCUGACGCUGGUUCUGUUCGAGUCAGCGGACAAGGACAACAGCGGCUCCAUAACCUUUGAGGAACUGAAGGCUGAGCUGGAGAACUUCCCAGAGGUGAUGGAGAACCUCACCAUCAGCGCUGCUAACUGGCUUAAACCGCCUGAUCAGGACCAGAAGAAGCCUCAGACCCCUCGGUACCUGACCCGGGCCUACUGGCAGAAAAACAGCCGGAAGUUGCUGUUCCUGUGCGUGUAUGCCCUGCUCAACUCGCUGCUGUUCAUCGCCGCCAUGCUGUACCACAGCUACGGCGGCGGCUGGUUCAUGCUGGCCAAGGGCUGCGGCCAGUGUCUCAACUUCAACUGCACGUUCGUUAUGGUGUUGAUGCUGCGGCGCUGCCUGACGUGGCUCCGGGCCACCUGGGUGGUCAGAAUCCUUCCUCUGGACCAGAACAUCCUGCUGCAUCAGAUCGUAGGCUACGCCAUCCUGCUUUUCACGCUGGUGCACACGGCAGCACACGUCGUCAACUUUGCUCGGAUGUCGGAGAGCAGUGAGUUCAGCCUGUGGGAGUACCUGCUGACCACCAGGCCUGGGAUUGGCUGGGUGAAGGGGACGGCGUCGCUGACCGGCGUCAUCCUACAGCUGCUCAUCUGCCUCAUGGUGGUCUGCUCCAGCACCUUCGUACGCCGCAGCGGACACUUUGAGGUGUUUUACUGGACUCACCUGUUGUACAUCUGGGUCUGGAUCCUCCUCAUCAUUCACUGUGCAAACUUCUGGAAGUGGUUCGUGGUUCCCGGUUUGGUCUUCCUGCUGGAGAAGAUCGUGGGAAUCGCUGUGUCUCGCAUGGGAGGCCUUUACAUCGUAGAAGUCAACCUGCUGCCGUCCAAGGUGACUCACCUGGUGAUCAGACGUCCCCAGUUCUUCCAGUUUAAACCCGGCGAUUACAUCUACAUCAACAUCCCAGUGAUAGCCAAGUACGAGUGGCACCCGUUCACCAUCAGCAGCGCCCCCGAGCAGUCAGACACCAUGUGGCUUCACGUGCGCUCCAUGGGCCAGUGGACCAACCGCCUGUACGAGUACUUCAGACAGCCGGAGAGCCAGGCGCUUUGUCCCAAGAGGCUGGCCACCAGCCUGAGGAAGCGGCGGCAGCAGGGGAAGCAGCAGAUGUUCCUCUCCCCCGACUCUGAGAACGGCGUGGCCUCCAGCCAGGACGACACCAUCGAGCUGACCAUGUUCCGGCAGAGCGGGUCGCAGUCCGGCUCGGCCUUGAGCUCCAAGUCUCCCCCGGAGGAGGAGGCGGGUCUGGCAGAAAAAGGAGAGGCUCCCCCUCUCAGAGAGAUUUCUGCCAAGCCUGGUGAGAACCACAGAUUCUGCAACAUCAAGUGUUACGUGGACGGACCGUACGGGACUCCCACCCGGCAGAUCUUCGCCUCUGAACACGCCGUGCUGAUCGGAGCAGGAAUCGGGAUCACACCUUUCGCCUCCAUCCUGCAGAGCAUCAUGUACCGGUACCGCAUGAGGAAGCACAACUGUCCCAGCUGCAACUACUCGUGGUGUGAAAACGUCAAAGACAGCGACAUGAAGCUGCGUAAAGUCGACUUCAUCUGGAUCAACAGAGACCAGAAGUCCUUUGAAUGGUUCGUUAGUCUGCUGACCAAGCUGGAGAUGGACCAGGCCGACGGGGAGCUGGAGGGUCGGUUCCUGGAGAUGCACAUGUACAUGACGUCGGCUCUCAGCAAGAACGACAUGAAGGCCAUCGGCCUGCAGAUGGCGCUAGACCUUCUGGCCAAGAAAGAGGAGAAAGACUCCAUCACGGGCCUGAAAACCAGAACUCAGCCAGGCCGGCCCCAGUGGGAGAAGGUGUUCCAGAAACUGUCGGAGGAAAACAAAGGUAAAGUUCACGUGUUUUACUGCGGCGCUCCGGCUCUGGCCAAAAGCAUCAAAGCUCAGUGUGAACACUUUGGCUUCAACUUCUAUAAGGAAAACUUCUGAGGACGUCUGCUCUGUUUGUUCCUUUUUGUAUCUUUAUGACGACAAAACCUGACAGGACAUCAGCUCAAGGGGCCUCCAGUAAACACCGGGAGCAAACUGGGCUGUCAGGAAGUAUUAGUUUAGGUUAGGAUUAUGUGUAGGAAUUCAGU